AGCCCGCUGCCCCCGGCGCUGCGGCAGCAUGCGGGGCUGCGGCGGGCUCCGCGCCCUGAUGGCCUUGCUGGCCCUGCUCCUGCCCGCUGCUGCUGCCGCCGCCGCCGGCCCCGCGGCCGGCCCCGGGCCCGCCGCGGCGGGAGAGAGCCCCGGCAAUUUCAUGGAGGAUGAGCAAUGGCUCUCCUCCAUCUCCCAGUACGGCGGUAGGAUCAAGCACUGGAACCGCUUCCGAGACGAUGAUUACAUCAAGAGCUGGGAGGACAACCAGCCUGGGGAUGAAGCCCUGGACACCACCAAGGACCCCUGCCAGAAGGUGAAAUGCAGCCGGCACAAGGUGUGCGUGGCGCAGGGCUACCAGCGUGCCAUGUGCAUCAGCCGCAAGAAGCUGGAGCACAGGAUCAAGCUGCCGAGUACCAAGGGGCAUGGGGGCUGCAAGCCCUGCCACGCCGCGCCACUCAUUGCUGUCUGCGGCUCCGACGGCCACACCUACAGCUCGGCGUGCAAGCUGGAGCAGCAGGCGUGCCUGGCCAGCAAGCAGCUGACGGUGCGGUGCGAGGGGCAGUGCCCCUGCCCAACCCCACACAGCCCUGCCAUGGACAGCAAGCAAGAGCCAUGCACAGGGCAGGACCUGGCCGACCUGGGUGACCGCCUGCGUGACUGGUUCCAGCUCCUGCGGGAGAAUGCCAAGCAGAAUGGCUCCGGCGGCCUCCCGGCCAGCCCGACCACUGCGCUGGAGAGGAGCGUAGCAGCCAGCUGCAAGGAGGCAGUGGGGUGGAUGUUUGCCCGGCUGGACACGAGCGGGGAUCUCUUCCUGGAGGCGGCUGAGCUGGCUGCCAUCAACCUGGACAAGUACGAGGUGUGCAUCCGCGCCUUCUUCAACUCCUGCGACACCUCCAAGGACGGCCGUGUCUCUGCUCCCGAGUGGUGCUUUUGCUUCUGGAGGGAAAAGCCGCCCUGUCUGAGGGAGCUGGAGAAGAUUCAGAUCCAAGAAGCAGCUAAAAAAAAGCCGGGCACCUUCAUCCCCAGCUGUGAUGAGGACGGGUACUACCAGCGGGCGCAGUGUGAGCCGGGCGGCGGUGAAUGCUGGUGUGUGGACCAGCACGGUGUCGAGCUGACGGGAACCCGCAGCCAUGGCAGCCCCGACUGCGAGGAGGCAGCAGGAUUUUCAGGUGACUUCGGAAGCAGCGUGGGCUGGGAGGACGAGGAGGAGAAGGAGCCGGAGGAGGCGGGUGAGGAAGGCGAGGAAGAGGAGGGCGAAGCAGGCGAGGGCGAUGAUGGUGGCUACAUCUGGUAGAGAAGCAGCAGAGCCUGGCAGGCAGCACAGCCGGGUGGCAGCCCCCCAGCUGGGGGUCCCCGUGAACCCCCACCACUGGUGUGGCGUGGGGCAGGGGUACCCCCGCGGCCCUGUGUGGGAUGGGGCAUUGGGGUGCUCGUCCAGGGAGGGGGCGAGCGGGGCGGGGAGCUGCACUUGUGCGAACCUGAGCUUUUUGUCUUUGGGUAAAGCCGAGCAGGCCUAGUGUGCGGCUGCGUGCCCUGUGACCAGGCCAGCAGCGCUAAUAAACGUGGGGAGAAAAGGAACAAAACCAAACACCCCCUCCGUAGAUAACCUGUCCCCCCGCCCCGCAUCCCCCUUGUGCUGUGCUUGCGUGGCCACCCCGGCCCCCGGCGUUGUGUAGCGGCUGUGAAAUAAAUACCCCGUGCUGUGUCAA